AAAUGCGAGCGAAGCAAGAGAGAAGUAUUAUACUAUUGUUUGUUAGUUUGGUUUCAAGGAUCUGACGCCAUUGGAUAGCCGAUCCCGAAUUUGAACUCAGCAAGUAAAACACUCUGUAAAUUAAGACAUCGUGAUUGAAGAGCUCGAAGAGAGAUUUAGAGUGGAGUUGUUGCAGAUCCAGAUUCAUCCAUGGAAGUCCCUCAAGGAGGAUCCGAUAGAGAGAAAGGAAGCUCCGGUCCUUCUUCCAUCGUAGUCGUCUCGAAUUUUUGGAGAGAUUUUGACUUGGAGAAGGAAAGGAGUUUGUUAGAUGAGCAGGGACUUAAGAUAGCUGAAAAUCAGGAAAACAGCCAGAAAAGCAGGCGGAAGCUUGCAGAGAGUACCCGAGAUUUCAAGAGAGCUUCUGCAGACAAAAAGUUAGAAUUGUUUGAUUCUUUACUAAAGGGUUAUCAAGAGGAAGUGGACAAUGUUACAAAAAGAGCAAAAUUUGGAGAAAAUGCUUUUCUUAAUAUCUAUCAGAAGCUUUAUGAGGCUCCAGAUCCUUAUCCAGCUCUUGCCUCAAUUUCUGAACAAGAUUUAAAACUGUCUGAGCUUGAGUCUGAGAACCGAAAGAUGAAGGUUGAGCUUGAAGAGUUCAGGGCUGAAGCUACUCAUUUAAAGAAUCAACAGGCAACAAUAAGGAGACUUGAAGAACGCAACCGCCAAUUGGAACAACAGAUGGAAGAAAAAGUGAAGGAAAUUGUGGAGAUGAAGCAAAGGAGCUUGGCAGAAGAGAACCAAAAAAUGCUAGAAGUCCUAAAAGAGAGGGAGCGAUUGUUGCAGGAUCAGUUGAGGCAAGCAAAAGAAAGUGUUUCAAAUAUGCAGAAAUUGCAUGAAUUUGCACAGACCCAAUUGUUUGAACUUCGUGCUCAAUCAGAGGAAGAAAGAGCGGCUAAGCAGUCAGAAGUGAAUCUUCUAAUGGAUGAAGUUGAACGGGCUCAGUCGCGGCUGCUAAGUCUUGAAAGGGAGAAGGGACUUCUGCGUUCCCAACUACAGUCAACAAAUGAAGAAAAUGAGAACAAGAAAAAUGAUACUUUAGAUACAACUACUGUCCUGGAGAAUUCUUUGAAUGCAAAGGAGAAAAUGAUAUCAGAACUGAAUAUGGAACUUCACAAUAUGGAAACUACUUUGUCAAAUGAACGAGAGAUACACAUGAAUGAGAUCAAGAAGUUGAAUUUAUUGCUCAAUGAAAAGGAUACUGUGCUUGAGGACAUGAAGAAAGAGCUUCAGGCAAGACCAACAACAAAACUAGUUGAUGAUUUGCGUAAAAAAGUCAAAAUUUUGCAGGCAGUAGGUUAUAAUUCAAUUGAGGCCGAAGAUUGGGAAUUAGCUACAAGUGUAGAAGAGAUGAGCAAGCUGGAAUAUCUACUUCUUGAUAAGAACCGGAAAAUGGAACAUGAAUUCACACAGUUAAAGGUCAAACUCUCAGAAAAAACAUCUUUGUUAGAAACAGCUGAAGCCAAGGUUGCUGAGCUAAGUGCUAAGGUGAAUGAACAACAAAAGUUAAUAGCAAAACUUGAAGAUGAUAUAUUGAAGGGCUAUAGCUCUACAGAUCGAAAAGGCAGUAUUUUUGAUGAUUGGGAUCUUCAAGAAGUGGGAUCACCUGAACUAUCUGAGCAUGCAGAUCAUAAACAUGUUUCCCCAGAACAAGAUCAAAGCUCAAUGCUUAGGGUUAUUUGCAACCAGCGAGAUCGGUUUCGGGCACGUUUGCGAGAGACAGAAGAGGAAGUGAGGCAGUUGAAGGAGAAGAUAGGGGUGCUCAUGGUAGAGCUGGAAAAAACAAAAGCUGAUAAUGUGAAACUUUAUGGGAAAAUCCGCUACGUCCAGGAUUACAAUCAUGAGAAACUAGUUUCUAGAGGAUCAAAAAAGCACUUAGAAGAUGUUGAAAGCGGCUUCACUUCAGAUGUUGAAUCGAAGUACAAAAAGAUUUAUGAGGAUGACAUAAAUCCUUUUGCUGCAUUCUCUAAAAAGGAAAAAGAUCAAAGAUACAAGGAAUUGGGAUUGAGGGAUAAAAUCACACUUAACAGUGGUCGUUUCCUUCUUGGCAACAAGUAUGCCCGUACUUUCAUAUUUUUCUACUCCAUUGGGUUGCAUCUCCUUGUGUUCACUUGUUUAUACAGAAUGUCUGCUUUGAGCGAUCUCAGCUCAACCAACGUAAAUGAAGGAUCUACUACUUUAGAUUCCAAUCUUAACCUCCCGCAUGCGUUUUGACAUUCAUCGCUUAGUUACGAUUCCUACUGUUACCUGUGAUAGUUGAUGGAUGAGGUCUCGUGAAGCAGACAAUGUAUAUAACAACAAUGCAGCCAUUUUCUUCAUUUUCUGGAAAAAGAUGGUAAUGCAAAGAGAAUAUUGGUGUUCUAUUUGUACUGGAGUUCAUACUGCAUGUCCAUUCAAAAGAAGGCGCUUUUAAAUUGUACCAGUCCAUAGCACCGAGUUCUCUGGAUUUAUAGACUGGAUAACACUCAACAUAUACGACUUGGGAACUUGGAUCCACCGUUCAAUUCUCCUUGUUCAGACAUGUUGUUCAUCCCAUUUAUGCCCUUUCAAAUGAUCAAAUUAAGCAGUACUUGUAUUUCAAAGCUAAGGAUGGCCUGUGGCCAGAUAGUUGAAUCAUCUUGGCUAUCAACCCAUCCCCAAAUGGUUCAGGUUAACCCUGAAUUGUUGUUCAGUCUGGUCAGUCUCCCCCUGGUUAUACUUGGGAAUCUUCGAACACUUUGUAAUUUUCUUGGAAUACUUGAAUGCGCUUUGUUUAUUCUAUUUAUUUGAUCUCAAUUUACAAUUUUACAUAGUUCAAACA